AUGCGAGCCAGCUUCAUAUGCAUAAUCCUCUACUCGAUGAGCCUCACGGGGCCCGCGUGCGUUGGUGGGAUUCAAAUUUUUGAAAGACAAAAUUUUGGUGCCCUAGAGCCAACUAAAAUCACACCCACGGUGACAUUAUCGCCCACAGACGCUGCAAGGUUAUCCGUUGCCGGUGUUGUGCUUAUCAUAGCAGGAGGCAUUUAUGCGUUGAUUCUCAUUAUUUAUCUCAUGAACCCUCCAAUUAGCGAUGCCGUACAAGGAGGUUUUGUUGUUGCAUCUACAGCAACGGGUGCAGUAUUUGGGGGCAUAUCCUUGGCCUUCCAAGAGGUUUCAGAAGGAUUUGGGUGUUUGCUUGGCGGGUUCUCCCUGAAAGCUCUGUAUAUCUCCGUGCAUGCCUACUCAGGAGACACGCCAGAUGGCAAUGACACUACCUCGACAAAUACAACUCCGUUGAAAUUCAACCUCCGCACAAAAAUUAUUAUGCCAAGAGAGACAUUGGCUCCCCUGGAGGAAGCCGAACAUGAUGCAAAUGAUACCCAAUGCAAAAAUUGCCACCAAUGGAUUCCAGAGCGUACCCUUUUCCUGCAUGAAAAUUUCUGUCUCCGUAACAACAUCCUCUGUCCUAAAUGCGAAAACGUCUUUCAAAAACGAUCCCCCGAAUGGAAAAAUCAUUGGCAUUGUCCACACGAUUCCUCCUACGGUAACGACCAAUCCAGUCAACUAAAACACAACACAGUCUUCCACACACCGCAUCGACCACAGAAUGUCUCUGGAAUUGAAAUCGGGAGAGAGGAGGGUCAUGAAAUGUUCUCAGGGAAUUCAGUAAACAGAACAUCCGAGAAUCGAAUUUACGAGAUGGAUGCGCUGCGAAUACCAGGUAGCGAUGCCAGAAACUAUACUCCUCACAAGUCGCGAGAAUCAAUCACCGUAGCUGCAACUGCAAUGCCGGCCCAAUCCGAUACACCCCCUUUCAAUAACUCCUCCUCCGGGGGCGCACAAGACACGAAGCCGAGCAUAACCCCUGGGCAUCAGCCAGGGCUGCACGAAUUGCCUGGAGAUACUGAGAUGCCCGGUUCCGCCAAUAUCGCAAUUAAUUCGUCCAGGGCGAAUCCAUUUGAAGUUAGGAUGGAUGAUGAAUGUAGCUCAGUUGCUGCAUCGUUGGCAGAGUCAGACUAUAUGGCAUGUGUGCGAAAUGACAGGGACCCUGCAUUCCGGCAACCGAUACAUGGGCGCAUUGUGGAGAGCAACUGUACAGAUGAUGGUGGCGACGGAUUGGCCUUCGUUAACGACACUCGAAGCAUUUCCUCUUCCGUUGAAGUGGAGGCCAAUGAAAAACACGAUUACAACAUGGGACCGGCCUCACAGAUAGAAAGCGGCACCCGAUGCAGCCCAUCCUCCAUAUAUUCUGGUUCUCAAGGAGCGGCUGAACCAACAGCUGUUACGGGAACCCGACUCAUCUGCCCAGACGAUAAUUCUUUCCCUGGGCCGGAAAUCUCCAUCAAGAAAACGCCAGAUCAAGAUGGUAAAUUGGUCGAACUGACUGAGGUUGCCACUACUCAUUCUCCUGGUUUUGCCGACGCUACUGGCGGAUCUACUGCAUCUGACCAACUAAUAUCAGAUGCUGGGCCUCCAGAGGCCAUGGAAGUGGAUGAUUUGCAACAAGAUACAGAAACAGAUGAACCUGUUGCUCCUGUUCUGGUAUCUGAGCUUCAACAAACCGCCGCAAGCACCUUGUCGUCUCGGGAGUUAGAUAUCGAUAAUUCGGCCGUUCCAAAGUCUCAACAUGGAGCAGACCCCAGACUAAUACGGAGUUCUCUGAGAAAAUCGUAUAUCGGCAUACAGACGGCCAGCGAUACUCCAUCUUCGCCACCCGGCAGAUCUCCAAACUCUACGAAUAGUUCUCAGACCCCACCAAUAUAUCCGUUACACCGUUCAGGGUCCAACUCCACCCUCGGCGUAGCUGCCCAAGUGGAGACUAAUCGAACAAGGCCUACUUCAUCCAUCUCAUCGACGUAUAAACCUGCUAGCGGUAUUCUGGAAUUGAAUGAAUCACACCACAGGGCUCCAUCAUUCAGGGGACCUUCCAUGUCUUCACCCCCGUUGCUUGCACAGCGCGAAUCCGCAAUUCGCAACAGAUCCCUCCUUCUUCCUUCAAAUAUUUCAUCCGCCACAGUCAAUCACUUUUUUAAAUCUCAAUCCCGACUUUCUCUCAACAUACCACAAACUCAACACCGAUCAGCGAGUCCAUACCCAACCAAGAACACCAUAUCUGUUGAAUCUACAGACGACAUUCCGCUCUCUGUCCGUCGCGAGUUAAUUCAUCGAGGCAACAAUUUUCAAAACCAGUCGCAAACACAACCCAACCUUCACCGUCCCGCAUCCGUCUGUAGUUUCCCGUCUCUCGAUAACAUGUCUCUGGUGACUGCUCGGCGUCAAUAUGAAGACGAUUCGCUACAGGUGCAGGAUUCGCUACAGGUGCGCGAAGCCAAAUUUGCCCGAUGGCGUGAAUCUGUCAGAAAUGAGAAUAUAAUAAAACAUUUUCCAGACGCAGCUAUGGAGACGCGCUGGGCUGAUCUAGUAAAAGAGCAUCAGUGGAGUCAGUUAGGGAAGCAAAAGGAGGCUAUUAGAACAAGCUAUCGCAAUUCGGUGAUUGAGCAGGCGAUGAGGAAUGGAGAUAUGCUAUCCAUGCAUAACGAGGCACUGCGGAGGAUGCAAGCGUCGGCAAAUAAGCAUGCUUCAGGGACUCACUCGCCUGCUUCCUGA